AUGGAGUCAUUGCACACCUGUAUGGCGACGUUGCGCAUAUCGACCAACUCAUCUGAUGCGGAAUUUUCGUUUUUUGCGUCUCUAAUUAAUGAACGAAUAUCUGAAAUCGAGCUGCUUCUCGAUAAACGGGCAUCAGCAGCAUCGUUAAUUUCUGCGGCAGAUUCGACCAAUGAAGCGAUCCCUUGGUCCAAAUGCACGUGUGAAAUUAAAUGUACCGGGCUGUGUUUCCUUCAAGUCUCAACUGAUCAGCCAAUUGUCUCUGGUGACAUCUUGCUUAGCGCUGCGAUUUGCUGCCAAAGCGAACUUAAGCAGCCCCUUGACGCAAUCCGAUAUUUGUGGCCCUUAUUUUCGCAGGAUUCAUCUUGGGAAAUAGGAUCUGUGUUGGGCAGAUCUUUUGCCCAAUUAAGGCUGUGGAGCUAUGCAUAUGACACUUGGAAAGUACAAAGCUCCAGGGAUGCACAUACCGAUUUAGAGAUGCUGCAAAGGGCAGAGUCUUACUUGUAUUUAUGCCAAUGCUACAGAAACUUGGGGAACAUCCCUGCAUCAAAGGAUCAGCUUGACCUCUCCAUUGCUGUUAUUUCGCAAAUACUUGGAAAUGAAACCGGAGAGUAUUUCAACAUUGCGAUGCUAAUGAGCCAUUAUUUACAAGUUGUAAAGGGAGGGGACGAGAAAAGGUUGCAAGAACGGUUUCCCCUGGUGCAGCAAGCAUUUUAUAGCGUGGAUAUUACAUCUAUGACGCAAAAGACCGGUCUUGAGGUAUCCAAAUAUUGCUCGCUCAUCUCCUCUACUCCUCUUGGCCCGUGUAAAGAGGAUCUUGAAUAUGUGGAGUGGCUUGAGUCUUCCUUUGAUUACUUUGGCGAAAGAAAGCCCACUAAAAGCAUCCAAUCUCUUGCCUCCAGCGGUAUGGUUUUACAAUCAAAAAAGCAUGGAAAGAAAGUUGGUCUUAAGUUGGGCAAAUUUUCCAACGCACCUGACAAGGAAAGAAAGAAAAUAAGCUCACUCGCUUAUCUUCCAGUCAAGAGCUUUGCAUCUGCGGGAAAGUUCUUUAGGUCCCAAUUUUUGGCACCAAAAAAAUCCAACAUUAAUGCCUCAGGAGACACCCAUCAAAAUGCCAGAGCAGUGGAUCGCCUCAUCAAUAAGAAGCCUGUGGUCAACGAUGAGGAAUACAAUUCGCAAUAUGCUUGCGACAAAAACUAUCGUUACACUCGUGAUAAUUUCGAUUGUAACGGCAAUAUUUUUGACAAAGGCGUUUUAAGCAGGAAUCCAAUUUCAUCUGAAAAGUUGACGUCCUUUAUUGCAAAUGGAAAGGAAGAAGAAGAUUUUUGUCCGAAAAAGAGGAUCAACACUAAGCCAAGGUUGGCCAUCAUUCUUAGCGAUGAUGAGUCAAAAGAAGGGMCAGAUGACGCCUUUUCCUCGGAAGCCAUCAAUCGCCAUAAAAGGACCAUUGAUGAUAACAAAAAAUUGGAAAAUUGCCUAUUCGGAAAGCCUGUGACCAAACAUAUAAAUGGAGUUAAUGACUGCACGUCUUUGAGGCCGGCACAGGUGGUUUCCCCUUCCAUUGUGGUCAAAAUCAGAUGGGAAGACUCAUCUAGACGUAUUAUUUCGAUUCCCUUAUCCUCACUUCAGGUGUCAUCGAUGAAUGUGGGCGAUCUUGUUUUAUUGCUUUCCGAUGGGCAGAAAAGACCCAACUUGAGAUUGUGUCUUUCAGAUGGGUCAGAAUUGCUUUUAUCCACGUCGUUGGGGUUGGUUCUAUCUUUGCCUGAAUCUUCGAUUCUAAUUCUUCAUGAAGAAGCGGUUAUUACUUCUGAAAGUGCACUUCACACCGGCCCCCUACCCUUGCCCGGUGCCAGCCCCCCAGCCUUGCCCAACGCCAGCCCUUUAAACUUGUGCAAGGAUAAUGGAAUUUGCGAUGCCUCUGAAAAGAAAAUGGCCAAAAGAUAUGAGGCUUGUUGCAAGGCCUUAAAUUUUCCAUUUAUGCCAAAGAUGUAUGAUAUCCUUGACAAAAUGGCGGAUUCAAUUAUUCUCAACGGCGAAAUUUUAUUUUCGGAAUUGAUAGACGAUCCGAUGUUCUCACUUGCACCUGUGCUUGCUGCCCUUCAGGGCCAAAACGAUGUUGAUCUGAUUAGCAUUUCGGACCUUCGUUUGGAUUUCUCGCUUGAUAUCACCAAUAUUUGUUGCAAAAGGCUAACCAUAUCAAGAUGUCUUUUGGCAUCCAAUUUGAAGAUUCUUUCUUGCUUCCAAAUGUCGACCAUUUCAAGUCUAGAUUUGUCGCAUAAUUUGAUCACCGAUGAUGUCCUGUUUUUGUUUCUUGAUAGUCACAUUCGAAAUGGUGACUUUUGCAGCUUUUCGAUUCGAGGGAACCUAUUGGAGGGUCUUUCAUCUCUCAAGGAGUGGUCCCAAUUUGUUUCAACUGCCACGAUUUCAUCCCUGGAUGUCUCCCACAAUGAUAAACUAUCGCUUUUUGGAUUAUCAAAUCUAGUAUUGCCCUUCAAGACACCAAGACAUGCUCUUGAUAAAGUAGCCAUUGGGCCAUUAUUUUGUGCGUCUGAAAUUUGCAACAAUCGCCUCGUUGAUGGUUUAUUGAGCGUUCUUGUCUUUGUCUCGUGUGUUGAGGUUUUUGGCCCAUUUCCCUGUUCCGUGUUAGAGAGGCUGCUCAAUGCAUUGGUUAUGCAGGAUACACGCCUAGCUUCCCUUUCGUUGAUAAAUUGCGGAUUGACCACAGAGCUCAGCUCACUGAUGUCUCAAAAUUGCCCAGUCUCUUCAGGUCAAAGUAAAAAGUGCACCCUCAAUUUGAGUGGGAAUCCAGACAUUUCUUCCUAUAAUAUGCUGGGCCUCGAUAUUUGUUGGCAAUUUAUUGCCUUUGACAGGUGUAACUUGGAUGCAAAAAGAGCCGUGACGAUCAUUCAUAAUUUGGGUGUCAAAUGUAAAUACUUAUCGCUUUGUUGGAACCCCAUUCUGAUCCGGAACUUUGGCGACUUUACAUCUAUCUUAGAUGGUAUCGUUGGCCGCAAAGGCCUCAUAAUUGAUAUCUCCUUCUCGUUUGUCUCCACAGAGGUAUUGGGGUUUUUACGCUUGUCUUUAGAUUUUCAAUCAAGUUCGGUGGCUGUUGAAUUCCCCCAACGCGCCCCUAGAUGCAUCCAUUUGCAUAGAGCUUUUGGAAACGUCGCAUGCCCUCAUAAGAUGUCUGUAAUUGCCAUUAACCCAUGCCCCCUAAUUUAUAACCCAUUAAAUGUUGCUACUGUUCGAUUUUUCAGCGUUUAUUGCCCCUAUAUGCUGCUGUAG